CCUGAGGUGUGCUCAGGGUGUCAGCGACCGAAACGCCUGCUCCUGGGGGCACCGCAGCCCACGUGGGGGGCCAGCUCCAGCCACUUUGGGACGGCGAUGCUGCGGGCAUCGGGUGCCCAAGGGAGCCGGGCACCCCUAAUUGUGUUCAGGGGGAUUGGCUCCAGGGUGCGGGGGCUCGGGGAGGGUUUGGGGAGGAGGGGGGCUGCGGCAGGGCUGCAGAGAGUCCUGGGGGGCUGCUGGGGUUCACAGAGAGGCUUCGCUCCUGCCACAGACAGUGAGAGGGCCCCGCACGUGCUGGGCAGCUCUGCCCCGGGCUGCGUUGGCGAUUAGCGCUGCAGCGUCCCGUUAAUUACAGACGAGCUGCAGCCACCAUCUGCUGCAGGGGACGUGGGGCAGCGGGGGCUGCACCCCCCCCGUGCUUCUCCCCAGACUCUUUGCACAGCCCAGGCUGGCACUUGGGCUUCAGGAGCCAUCCCCCCACAGCAAGGAGCCCCAGGCGCGGGGAUGCUCCACCAGCACCGUCUGCCCAAGCCUCUCCGAGGCUUCCUCUUGGGCUGGCAUCCCCCGGGCUCCUGGUGACAGAGGAACAGAGGAACAGGACAGAGGAACCUGUGGCCAGGGCCACCGAGAAGUUGGGCAGCCUGGUUUAUUCUGGGCUGGCGGCUGUGGGCUGCUGGUGCUUGCAUCCCUCAUCACGUCCCGAGGACAGGAGCAAGUCAGGGUGGUGGCAGAGACCCCGUCCCCCCGGGACCCCCUCGUGCCAGCGCUGCUCCCGGCUGUUACUUAACAGCGCAGUAGUAAUUCCCCACGGCCCCGGAGGCGCCCGGCUUUGGUGGCGGGUGGGAUUAGCGCCGUCCACGUCGCCUAAUCCAGAUCAGGGGAAGAAGACACGGAGCUCUCAGGGGCUUUCAGAAAUUGUCGCCGUCUGCACCCGUCAGCCUGUGCUGCCGCAGCGUGUGAGUGGGCUGAGCCGCACGGGGCCCUGGAGGGCAGGCUGGGACGAGGCAGGCAGCUUUUUGCCAUUUAUUGAACAGGAGAAAGGCAUCGCCCAGCAGAGGAGCACGGCCGCCAAAGUCAGGCAGAGGGGUGGCUCCAGGAGAAUCAUCCCGGGGUGCAACUGCCAGGAAGGGCUGGUCCUCGUGGUGUCCCAGCACCUGGCUGCAAACACACCGGUGUGAGCACGGGGAUGGAUGUGGCCACCCAGGGCCACGGGCACCGUACUGGGACCAGCAUGGAUGAGGGUGUCCGGGACCUCUGCCGCCGGGAAGGUCACAGUUCACGUGUCCCCUGCCCUUGGCAGAAAUAGUGCCCGCUAAUCUGCAAACUAAGCAGCUCUCCUGUGUGCAAUUAAAAGGGAUCACAAGUCCCGGCCCCGGUCAGCACGUGCCGGCAGCUAAAGCCGAGUGGGGUGCGGGAGGGGAGCUGGCGGCUGCGGUGCUGCUCCUCGGGCUCUGCCCUGUCCCCGCUGCCCGCGGAGCACGCCGAGGGCACUGCUGUGGGAGGGCGAUCCCCGGCCUGCCACGAGCUCAAUCCGCUCCACACUUUCCCAAGUUUCCUAUUUGCAGCGGCAAACCUUGAAUUAAUAAUGUGCUAAUGGGGUCAGGCGAGGCCGGCCUGCGGUGUUAUGAAAUGGCAGCGGGAGCGGAGCUGGCGUGAGGGCUGCCCUCGUGAGUGCACUGCCUGUCAUCUCCUAAACCAGCAGCCCUCUGUUCUCACCCACUGGCAGUUUUCGGGGUUCCACCUGACCCCCCAGCAGGUUUUAGGAUGUGGGGAGCCCCCAGACCUGGAGGUCCCGGCCACAUGGGCACGUUGGCCAUGGGAGGAAUCAAACCAGGCAGCCCCUUCCCUCCCCUCCCCUCCGCCACCGAACCCGGGGCUGUCCCGGCUCCACGUGCAGUGGGAGCGGUGGUGGGGUGACCCCGUGGGAGUGGGCACCCCUGCCCACUGCCCUGCCCGCCGGGACCGUCCGGCUCAAUUAGCAUCACCCUGCUCCUAAGCUCCGCCAAGCUCCAUAAUCUGCUUUCUCGGGGCUCCAGCAGCAGCCGUAUUUAUAGCCCACUCUUACUCGCGGAGCGUCUCCCCGGUUAAUCAACUAAUAGGAUUCGAGCCCCAAAAUACCUCUCCCCCACAACACGACUCAUCUCCAGCCAAAGCCAGCCGGGAGCCGGGGGAGGGCCGGGGCAGGUAUAAGAAGCCGCAGGACGGGGAGCAGCCCGCGGUGCCGGGCGGCAGGGGGACGUCGGGGAGAGGAGGAGGAGACCAGCACCCAGCCCAGGUGAGUGCUGCCUGCACGGCCCCGGCUGCUUCGUGGGGUGCUGUGGGGCAGGGACAUCGGUGCCGGACUCGGGGCUGGAAGGAGGGAGGCUUGGGGCUGAAAAAAUUGCCCAGAUGGAUUUCAGCAUGGGCAGAGGCAUCCGUAGUGGUGUAGAAGAGCUCAGCCAAGCCAGGAGUCCCAGUCGCCCCUCUGUGAGCCUUGGCACAUACAGAGGAGGCUCCGGCUCUCCUCUCCCCUGCCUUUCAUCCCCCUUUCCCCAGUUCCUGGGCCCCAAAGAGGGCUGAGCCCGCAGCACCGCUCUGCUCCCGUUCCCUUUGCAUCUCCUCUUGCUGCUGCCCAAGGAACCCCGCAGAUGUGGAUGCCCGAGCUUCACACCCCCCGCAGCACCUGAGGGAAUCACAGAUCCUCUGUUUGGGACUAAUCCCUUGAUUUCCCUGGGGAAGAGGAUCAUCGUCUCCCCCUGCUCCCUCUGUAUCAGUUUCUUCUUUCUCUCCAGCAUCACUGCUUACGUAAAGGAGCAACUCUGCCCACUCGCCCCUGGGGUGUCAAAUCCUGCCUGGGCUUAAGCCCUGCUAAUGUCAGAGCAGCCUAAGUUUAAGAAGCCGAGCUCAUCCCUUCUAAUCUCCCUGCAAAUCAGCCGGUGAUCAGCGAGAUAUUUGCAGUUUAAUUCUGGACGCUGGGCUUGAGCAAGCAAACUGCAGGCAGCCCCAGCCCGGGAGGUCCCACGCCGCCGGUGUGCCAGCUCGGAGCAGUGGGAUGGAUGUGCCGGGGUCAGGGCCAUGGGUCGGGGCCUGUGGGGCAGCUGGAUGGCUCUCAGCUGUUCUAUCUGCAGCUUCCUCGCUCUCCUGUGAGCGAUGGGACAAAAUGAGCACGUUCCUCCUGUUAAGUCCUGGCAGCAAAUUUCCUGCAGACAAGAAAAUAUAUAAAAUCAGAGCACCUUAAAGCCUGUUUUUCAUUUUCUUUGCUUUUCCCAGACUCACACUCGCUCGCCGGGGAGCCACCCUGUGCUUUCCCCUUAUUUUUAAUAAAGCCUGCCCUGCAUGGGGCAUCAGUCUUGCAUUUUCACCUCCUCCUUGUUGCCUUUUCACCUGGGAGAUGGAGCCUGCUCGCUCAGCUGGUCCCAACGGGUCUCCAGCAGCUUCACCGCUAGCGUGCACCCCCCAGAUCCUUGCAGUCCUGGGGAAACGGGGCAGCCCCAGCUGCAACUGCAGCAUCUGAGAACAAUUCUGUCCCCGUUGCUGGCGUGGCUGCUGGCUCCCCCCUCCUCACCUCCACCAUUUUCCCCCUUCUCUCCCUGCAGAUCCAAGCCGCGCCGCACCUGACUUAAAAUGGCAGAUGGAGCAAAGGUGUUCAAGAAGACGAGCCCCAAUGGCAAGCUGUCCAUCUACCUGGGGAAGAGGGACUUUGUGGACCACGUGGAGUCGGUGGACUCUGUGGAUGGCAUCUGUCUGAUCGACCCGGAGUACCUAAAGGACAGAAAAGUGUACGUGACGCUGACUUGCGCGUUCCGCUACGGCCGAGACGACCUCGACGUUAUCGGGCUGACCUUCAGGAAGGACCUCUACGUCCUGACCACGCAGAUCUUCCCGCCGGUGCCCGACCAGGUGCCCAAAACCCUCACCCCUCUGCAGGAGAAGCUGAUGAAGAAGCUCGGCGAGAACGCGUACCCCUUCACCUUCGAGGUUGCCACCAACUUGCCCUGCUCGGUAACCCUCCAGCCGGGACCAGACGAUGUGGGGAAGGCCUGCGGCGUGGACUUCGAGGUGAAAGGGUUUUGUGCUGAAAACCUGGAGGAGAAGAUCCACAAGAGGAACUCGGUGCGCCUCGUCAUCCGAAAGAUCCAGUUUGCACCCAUGAAAACGGGCCCCGCGCCCAAGUCGGAGACCACCCGGCAGUUCAUGAUGUCUGACAAGCCCCUGCACCUCGAGGCCUCCCUGGAUAAGGAGAUCUACUACCACGGAGACCCCAUCAACGUGACUGUCAACAUCAACAACACCACCAACAAGAUUGUGAAAAAAAUUAAGAUCUCAGUCGAUCAGAUCACGGACGUGGUUCUCUACUCGCUGGAUAAAUACACGAAGACUGUGUGCAUGGAGGAGAUAAACGAGAACGUGGCGGCCAACUCCACCUUCUCCAAAACGUACUCCGUCACCCCCACGCUCUCGGCCAACCGCGAGAAGCGAGGCCUGGCUCUGGACGGCAAGCUCAAGCACGAGGACACCAACCUGGCCUCCACCACCAUCCUGAGGCCCGGCAUGGACAAGGAGGUGCUGGGGAUCCUGGUGUCCUACAAAGUGAAGGUCAACCUGGUGGUGUCCCGAGGAGGCAUCCUGGGGGACCUCACUUCCAGCGACGUUGGUGUUGAACUGCCCGUCAUCCUGAUGCACCCGAAGCCCGCGGACGACAAGCCAAGGAGCGAGGAGGACAUCGUCAUCGAGGAGUUCGCCCGGCAGCGCCUCAAGGGGGAGCGGGACGACGACGAGGACAAGGAGGAGGCGGACAAAGCAGAGAGCUGAGCAACUCCCCCCCGCCGCCAUCUUGGGACCCCUCCC